CAUAACCACGGUAAACAGGAUGUAAGACCCUUCACUCAUUGGCCUGGCUGAUGAUGUGGGAUGAUGAUGACGUCACUGUGAGAUCAAGUUAAAGGGCGUCCUCAGCUGUUCAGAGUCCAGAUGAGUCACAUUGACUAGCGUUUAGUUCCCUCCUCUCACAAGCAGACAGGAAGAGGGGUACAAACUUCCCGUAACUCACUUUUCACCACAAGUCAAAAGAUUGCCACUAAAACAGCAUCAGUUCAGGAGCUUAACACCACAGGAGGCGGCCCUAGCACUCAGCCGGCCAAUCACAACCACACAGUGCAACCGGUGACCGACUCAGAGGGCUGGGCUUAGAGCUUGGGAAAAGCACCGGCAGAAGCAAAGAGAGCAGAAGGACCACAGAAGCAUCUUGCGGUGCGCAUCUCUCUACCGUGAUCAUGUGUCAGCCGAGCCUGAAGCAGCAGCGGCGGACCGCAGUAGGGAAAUGGUGAGAUGUUGCAGAGCUUUGCACAGGCCGUCCUCUUGCUACAAUCUCCACAGAGUCAGGGUCGAUGCCCGGCGCCUCCGAUCGCUCGGCUCCUCCUCCUUAGCAGGAGCGGCAGGGGGGUCUGCAGGCUGCAGUAGAAACGCUGAUGCCAAAGGCCCCGGUGCUCCGGGGGUCGUUCAGAUCAGCCAUCAGAGCCGUUUCAGGUUGCAGUUCCCGCAGUUGGCUUUGCGGCGGCGCCUUGGACAGCUGAGCUGUAUGUCCCGGCCCACUGCCCGACUGCGCUCAUGGCCACUCUCCUUCCUCCACUACAUACUGCCAUUCGCUGUACUCAAACCUCUCGCCAAGGUGGGCUGGCGGCCCACGAGCAGAGUUACCAUAUACAAGACCAUACCCACACGGCUGCUCUCCAGGGCCUGGGGUCGUCUUAACCAGGUCGACCUGCCCGUCUGGUUACGGAAACCCAUUUAUAGUCUAUACAUAUGGACAUUUGGGGUGAACAUGAAGGAGGCGGCUGUGGAGGACCUGCAGCAUUACAAGAACCUGGGCGAGUUCUUCAGACGCAAGCUCAAACCACAGGCCCGGCCGGUGUGUGACUCGCACUGUGUGAUCAGUCCAGCUGAUGGGAAGAUCCUUCAUUUUGGCCGGGUAAAGAACUGCGAGGUGGAGCAGGUGAAGGGCGUCACCUACUCCCUGGAGACCUUUCUUGGUCCAUGCACGUGGGCCGAGAGCUUAGGAAUCAACAGAAAUGAGGAUGAUGACGGCAACUUCCAGAACCUGCUGGUGACAAAGGAGGGGAAUGAGCUGUACCACUGCGUGGUGUAUCUGGCACCAGGAGAUUAUCAUUGCUUCCACUCACCCACUGAUUGGACAGUUGCACACAGACGCCACUUUCCAGGCUCUCUGAUGUCAGUGAACCCGGGUGUAGCGCGAUGGAUUAAAGAGCUCUUCUGUCACAAUGAGCGCGUGGUGUUGAGCGGAGAGUGGAGACACGGCUUCUUUUCACUAACGGCUGUCGGAGCCACCAACGUCGGAUCCAUCCGGAUCUACUUUGACAAGGAACUCCGUACAAACAACCCUCGUUACAAUAAAGGCUCAUACAAUGACCUUAGCUACGUGUCUAAAAACAACCAGGAGGGUGUGAGUCUGCGAAAAGGCGAGCACUUGGGCGAGUUCAACCUGGGAUCCACCAUUGUUCUGCUGUUUGAAGCUCCACAAGACUUCACCUUUAACCUCACAGCAGGCCAAAAGAUCCGUUUCGGGGAACCUCUCGGGAUGAUUGAGACAGUCGCGUGCGUGGACAGUCUGAUGUGACGUGCAGACUUCAAGGAGGGUUCCACAGACUAACACACAGCGCACACCAAGGAACACGUGUUACUCGAUGACAUGGACGGCUUCACAGCACUGGCGUUGCAUUAUUGUGAUUAGAGUCACGUUUACUUCAGAGGUGUUUAUAACAAAUGUUGGCGUGAAAAAAAUUUGGUUUACUAGAAAUGUUUUUUUAUGCUUCAAACGUUUUUAUUUUCUGUUGUUAUUUGUGAAAUUUUUGUCUCCUUUUGUUUUUUUGGCCAUAUUGCCUUUCAUCAUUGUUUUGAGGUGGGUAGAAUUAUUAUUAUUAUUUUAUUUUUUUUAAUUAUUAUUAUUAUUAUUAUUAUUAUUAAUGGGUUUGUAGCACUGACAGAGUUGUUUGUGUUUUGUUUUUUUUGUUUUUUUACGCAACUGGAAUAUGUACACUUUGGCACUUUUGAUUUUUGCUCCACAGUAAACAAGCCCUUAUUCCAUUUCUGAUUUGAUGUAUGAAACUGGAAACCUGAGCAAUAAACCUGCUAUUAGAUUUUUGAUGAGAUAAAACCGCAGUUAAUGUAAAUGAUCCAAACGGUUGCCUCGAUUUUCUCGUUCAGUUGACGUGCUGUUCUCUGGAAAUGAAACAAUACAAGCCUCUCGGACAAAUGAACCCCUUUUGCAACAGAGAGCAAGUUUCUAAAACGAAAGGAUCAAGAGAAAACAUACCGCAGUUAAUUUUUUCCCUUAACGUAUCAGUAACAUGACCGAUACAUCUAGCAUUUAUUUUUGAGAAGCUAGCAAUGCUUUUCGUCCGAGAUAAAGCGGUAACUUUACGUUUUCCACCACUGGAGCAGACUUCUUAGCGCUUUCUUGUUUCUCGCUAACGUGACCAGCUUGUUUGGGUUUUUAAACGUAAACUAUGACAUCAUUCGUUAAUACGUUGCGAAUUGUCAUGCGUCAAAGAUAGCUCUGGUAAUGAUAGCUCUCCUAGCAACAUAGGAAAAUAUUUAGGACAUUCUCUUAACUUGCUCUUCUAAAAAAAAAAAAAAAAAAAAAAACUCCAUUGUGAAAAGGUGCUCAUUUGAGAAACAUUUUAGCUCCAGCUACACUCAAGUAUAGGAUGGAUUUUGUUUUCACAUUAAUUCCUGUUUUAUCUCUUGUAAUGUUCCUGUCGUGAAAAUCGAAUGGCCAAAACGUCCCUGACUUACGGACAGCACGUACAAUCCCAUAUGAACACGUACACGCGUAUAAACAAGAAAAGAAUUGGCAAAGAUUUCCUAAUCAUUUCAAACAGAACACUACAAGAAACUGUCGAGUUGCUUGUUAAUGACUUUGUGAUCUGGAGAAGUCCAUUAGCUUCACUGCCACACAUUUAGCUUAUAUCUUUACUCUGUGUUCACACCAGCAGCGAUUUAUUUUUAUUGACUCCUCCCCCGCCCCUCCCACCUUGCACCUCUACAUUGGUCACUAGUGGGUGGUCCUAUUUUAGUUUAGGGCCUGUUACUAUGGUUUCAUUCUUAGCCAUAUGAAUCCAUAUAAAUGAUAAAAUACCUACAUUAGCUACAGAACGUAUACAAAACUAGUCCUUUUUUUUUUUUUUUUUUUUUUUCCUUCCCUUUUUAAAUUUUUUAUUUUUUUUUUCUUGCCACAAAUAAGGUUUAAUGUAAACGUUUAAGCAAAUAAUGUUUGUGUAUAAUGUACUCUUUCUUGCAAUGUCUGCUGUCUAUUUAACACGCUUAAAUGGUGAUAACUUUGUGUAAAUGAAACACUUCAAGCUUGUAGCAGCAGAGUGAGUCUCAGCAACUGUCUCGGGAGGGAGCUGCAGAACCAGAAAAAAACACCGUAAUGGUUCUUAAGUCAGGAGGGACAAAGAAGCCGUCCAUCGUUCACGUCGAUUGUCGCCAAAUUGCUUCGCUUGUCAUUGGCUCGACUUUGUCCCGUUUCUCGUCAGGCAUCACUUGAUGAUGUUUCUUCGCAUACUGUCAUCAGAAUCCGCCAGUGCUAAUUGAAAACGAACGAUUUCCACGUUGCUUUGUCACAUUGCGUCAAGUCGCUCGUGUCGCUUGUAGUUGAGUGAGUAACUAGAUAAACGUCCGACCACACGCGCCAUAGGAUUGGACCGUGGAAUCGUUUGAGCUAGUUGUUUAGAUUUGUCGCCUUGGCAACAUGGUUAGAAUUGAGAAAAUCUCAAUUUAAAUGUCACUACUUUGUGCUUUCGCUUCGUCGCUUGCUAGCGUGCAAACUGAGCAACAGCUGGGAAUCACCAGCACUCUGAAAAUGACCGACUUCCCUUUGGGUUUCGCUGCUGGUGUGAACACAAUGUUAGACCUGGAAUGCCUUUACUUCAAUUCCCCUUUAGUAAGGUAAUACGGUUAAUCUCGAAUCUUGAGUUGAUGAGGAAAAAAACUGGUCCAAGAUGUGUUCUGCCAAGGCUUGAUCCGUUUAUUACAUGUUUAAUAUGUUUAAGAACUGUUUAAUACUUGUUUAUUACAGUGUUAGAGUGGCAGAUUUACACAGUAUUGCAUUACUGUACUGCAUGCCAAUUUGUAUGUAAAAUACUUGAAUAAUUUGACUCUAACACUGCAUAGAUUUUAACUACAGUAUAGAUGAAAAAUGUAAAACAUGCCGUUAGUAAACAUUUUGGCAAAUUUGUAAAAGA